AUGUCACCCAAAUAUAAAAAUUAUUCUGUCAUCAAUUAUCUUGCUUUCAACUAUGCUGGAUUUGCAUGUGUUGCAAUAAUAGUUUUCCUUUCUUCUACUCAACCAUUUUUUAUCAAAGAAAUCAUUGGCAUUGAUCCCACUACUGCCACCACUUCCACCACUUCCACUAGCAAAAAUUCAAAAGAUGGGAAAAUUGGACAUAUUGUUGGAGGAUUAGGGUUCAUUGAUGAAUUAACUGCCAUGAUAGUAGCACCAUUAUUAGGAGCAUUGAAUGACAAUUUAAAUUCAAAACAAUAUAAUGGAUCAAAAUUAAUUCAAAGUUUCAGUUUUAUUAUUAUUGCCAUUUCAUUAUUUGGAUAUGCUGUAUGGUGUAAAAAUCUUGUUCCAGAUAUGUUUAUAUUUCGAAGUAUAUUUGCCAUUGGGGUAACUGGAUGUAUGAGUAUGGUUACCGUCAUACUCAAUGAAUUGACAAUAUCUGAUUUUGAAUUUUGGCGUUCAAAUAAGCAAGUCACUUCACAAUACAUUCCUUUAAAUCAAGAAGAAGAAGGUGAAGAUUCUGAUGAGCAACAACAACAUACUAGCCCAGACACAUUAAAGAAGAAUGGGAAAUUUGCUGGUUUAAUGGGAGUUUGUACUGGUUUGGGUGCCAUAUUCUCUGUUUCCGUUUUUGUUACAUUGCCAAUAAAUUUGGGUAUGAAAAACGCUUAUUUGGUGGUAAUGGGUUUUGCUUUACUCUCCUUUGCAAUAUUAUUUUCCUUUUUGUAUAAUGUGAAUGGCAAAGAUAAUACUGACAACAACGAAAACGACAACAACGACAACAACAAUAACGACAUCUCUACGAAAAAUGAAUCAUACUUUCAAUUAUUGAUCCAUGGCUAUGAAUUUUCUAAACACAAUAAACAAGCACAAUUAGCAUACGCUGGAUCAUUCGUUGCUAGAUCAACUACAGUUGCCACUGCUAUGUUUAUUCCAUUAAUGGUUUAUGAAUGGUAUUAUACCAUUGGACAAUGUAAAUCAAAUAAUGAUAAUGAAUGGGCUGGUAAAUUGACUUGUCAUGAAGGUUAUGUAUUUGCAGCAAUCUUAUCAGGAGUAGCACAAACAGUAGCAUUAAUAUCUGCCCCUAUAUGGGGUUAUUUGGUCGAUGCUAGAAGAAUUGGGAAAUGUAAUACUUUGGGAUUGGCAGCUAUUGUUGGUAUGAUUGGUAAUUUUGGUUUGAGUUUGAUUCAUUCAUAUUCUUCAAAUACUUAUAAUCCAAAAACUUUUAUCUGUUUCUUCAUGAUUAGUAUUAUUGGAUUAUCACAAAUUGGUUUAAUUAUUAGUAGUAUGAGUGUAUUGAGUGGAAUACCUAAUGCCCAUGAUAUUAUGGGGUCAUUGAGUGGACUCUACAGUUUCUGUGGUGGUAUAGGUAUUAUGAUUAUUAGUUCUUUGGGUGGUUAUUUAAGUGAUCAUUGGAUAUUGGGCCCAUUUUUUAUAUUGGGAUUGUUUAAUGUUGCCUUGUUGGUGAUAUAUUAUUCUUAUUCUAGACAACAGAAAUCAGGCAAUCUUGUAGUAUAG